AGCUGGUGCUGACGAGUGACGGAUCAUGAUUUGAAGUGGGUAGAAGCUAAAUGUGUUAUUUUUGUGAUGAGUGUUCGUGUUAUUUUUGAGAAUGCCAAUCCAGGCGCCGCAAUGGACGGACUACCUCAAUUGUCCGGUGUGCUGUCGCGAAUUUGGCCCCCCUCCGCGGAGCCCUAUCAGUCUUGGAUGUGGUCACACUCUCUGUGGUCAUUGUCUUAAGCAUUUGCAUAGAAAGCAAUGCCCUUUUGAUCAGACAGUAAUUCACGCGGAUCCCGAAGAAUUAGUUGUGAACACGGCGCUACUACAGUUAGCCGGGUAUACCCCGCCCGCUCAGCCCUACCACCCACCUUGCAUACAGGUGUUGUCCGAGCACGACCGUCAUGCAUAUGAUGUCAUCGUUCGAUGCCUCGAACACCUUGCUAUCUACCUGAAACUCUGUGCGAAUAAUAGCACGGCGGGUAAUCGAUUGUCGAGGCCCAUGCAACGCAAGUUGGUCACGUUGCUGCAAUGUGCCAUCACCGACGAGGAGGGCAGGGGAAGGGCGGCGAGAGCGGCACGGUCUCUUGGGGAGAGGACUGUCACUGAAUUGAUACUUCAGCACCAGAACCCUCAGCAACUUAGUGCGAACCUGUGGGCAGCGGUGAGAGCUCGUGGUUGUCAAUUCUUAGGUCCGGCAAUGCAAGAAGAAGUUUUAAAACUUGUCCUUUUGGCGCUAGAAGAUGGUUCCGCCCUUUCCAGAAAGGUGUUAGUGAUGUUUGUUGUCCAAAGAUUAGAGCCUCAUUUUCCGCAGGCUUCUAAAACUAGUAUAGGCCACGUCGUCCAGCUUCUGUACAGAGCUUCUUGUUUUAAGGUAUCGAAACGCGAGUGCGAUUCAUCGCUAAUGCAACUGAAGGAGGAGUUUCGGACGUACGAAUUGUUGCGACGGGAACACGAUGCGCAGAUAGUACAAAUAGCGACCGAGGCUGGCCUGAGGAUAGCGCCUGACCAGUGGAGCGCCCUCCUGUACGGGGAUACGGCACACAAGAGCCACAUGCAAAGUAUAAUCGACAAACUGCAAACGCCCCAGUCGUUUGCGCAGUCGGUUCAAGAGCUUUUUAUAGCUUUGCAAAGGACUGGAGAUCCGGCGCAGUUGGUCGUAAUUAGUAUGCAUCUCGACCGGCUCGCCAAUAUCGAUGCUAGUCCCGAUGCGAAAAGUCCCACAUGGCAACAACUGGCCGAGAUGAUCAAGGCAAUAAAAGAAGUCGUUUCCGGUCUAAUCCACUAUCUACAGCAACAAGCUACUGGCCGCGACUCGAACCAAAACCAGAAGCACAUUCUGCAGGAGCGAUGCAUUGAACCUUCGACCAGCCAGCCUUCUCCACUGACAACGGCUACUCCCCCACACAAGUACAAGACCGCAAUGUGCAGGGAUGCGGUGACCAGGUCCUACUGUCCCAGGGGCAGUAACUGCACCUUCGCUCAUUAUGAAGAAGAAUUAGAAAGGUUCAGGGGAAUGCCUAAUACAACCCAGGCCAUAACAAAUGGCAACUACACGUACAUGCCGCCGCUGCCACCUGCAUUGCCUCUGCCGCAACUGCCUCAGCAACAACUGCCUCAGCAGCAACUGCCUCAGCCGCUCGCCCUUCCCAUGUACCCAAGGUUCCCGAUGCCUCCGCCACAGCCGCGCGCUCAACAUCAACAAGUUGAUACUUAUAACAUUCAAGCUGUACCAACAAUAACGACACUACCAAAACAACCGAUGCCACAAGAACUGCUCCCGAAUCAGGAAUAUGGGGCUGAUAAUCAACGUGCAGAUUGUAUUCAGCAACCACAGAACUACGCUUCUGCCCUUAUGCAUAACCAAGCACAGUUGGGCAUAAGUCAAAAUUCCAUGAUAGUCCCCAUCCAAGAUCGACCUUACUACGGCCAUUUCGGUGUAGUCAAAAUUCACGAUGAACCCACAAACAAUAUCCAGUUCCCUCGGCAAGAGUUCGUCAAUCCCGUGUUCCAAGGCGCGACCAAUACUGGACCGAUACCUGGCUAUCCGAACCAAGAACAGACCAUGUCAGCACCGAUGCCAAAUAUGUUUGUACCAGUACAACACGAGGCUCCGCGAAACAUUAGCCCCUACACAUUCGAUGAUCCGACUCCGUCAGAACUCUUGCCAGACUAUCGGGUUGAGCCGCCUGCCUUCGCUUCCGUAUCUCGCGAGCCCACUUGGCCUAAUAACAGCGUUUUUAAUUUCGAUUCUAUGAGAAACUCUCUACCGCACGGUUCCUCCACUCCGGAAGAUAUAUUCGCUGUACCUAACGACAGGCGGGCAGUAGGAGCUGAUAGACUCGGGGCAGUAGCAGAGCGCAUGGCAGCUGUAACUUCUGAUCUGGCGAUCAGAGCUGAUGAUGAGGAACUAGAGGAGGAACUUCAGGCCCUGGAGCGCCGUAUCGACACCGAGUUCAAAAGUACCGAUUAAAUGUCGAUAUCGAGUCACUAUCUCAUACCAAAUAUAAAUUAUCAACUGGAACGACUUUAGGUUGAAAAAUAAGAAAAUAUAUAUAGCACGUUAACAAAGACGAACGCACUCCUUAUAAAGGUUGAAUAGAGGUCUUUGUUUGAAUAUUGGAAGUUCUUAUUUAUUAAAAAUAAAUGAGGGAUUUCAUAUUUAUCAGAUUUCACACAUUUCAAAGACUUCACGUAUAACUUGUAUUGGAUGCAGGAUGAGAAAUAUUUUAGAGUAUAUAUUCACACUUCCAUUGUAAUAAUUCAUACAAGUUUAUUUUAUUUAGAAUUACACAAUAGCUUUAGUACUGACGUUAGUAAUAUUAGUAGGAUUUAGUGUGACUUAGACGACUUGUAGAAGCUGUUAUUAGGGUCUCGGAUGUUUAAUAAUCUAUAAAUCGAAUGAAAAUAUUAUAAUAAUGAUACGACGCUCAUUAAAAGGAGACACGAUUUAAAAUAUAAUUUAUCUUUUAAAUUAACGAAGUUCAUGAAUCAUUAAAAGGAAGUCUUAUGACGGUUAUGACAAUUUUUUGGUAAACAAACAAUUCUAUUAUUAAAUUUGUGAUAAAGCUAUUGACGUUUGCCUUUUCGGUAAUGAAUUAAUUGACACUUGAUGAGACUUUGCCGUAUUGUGGUCGCAUUUAACAUUGCCCGAAAUUUAAAGCCUUUGUGGAAAUAGACAAAUGAUUAAAUAAAAAAUAUUAUAU